UUUAUUAAUUUUCCAGGAAAUCGGGCAAUAGGAGGAGCCACUAUACAGUCGUCAACAUCUGUGGACUGGGUUGCUGAAAGGGCCGUUGAUGGUAAUCGAGGUCUCCAGCAGUUGUAUACGGGAUGCUCCUCAACCCUUAAUGAGGCAGACCCAUGGUGGAGGCUGGAUCUGCAUGAUGUCUACCGAGUUAGUAAAGUGGUCGUCACUAAUAGAAAUGACUGCUGUGCAGAACAAAUAAACGGAGCAGAGAUUCGCAUCGGAAACUCUUUGGAGAACAACGGCAUCAACAAUCCCAUAUGUGCUGUUAUUCCUGCUAUUCCAGCAGGUGAGUCCUACAGCUACUCAUGUGAUGGACUGGAUGGACGUUACGUGAUUAUUUAUGUUCCUGGAGACCGGAAGAUUCUUGCGCUUUGUGAGGUUGAAGUCUACGGGUAUUUGGCAGACAAUCUGGCAGUAGCUGGAGCUGCUAUACAGUCGUCAACAUCUGUGGACAGGUUUGCUGAAAAGGCCAUUGAUCGAGGUCUCCAGCAGUUGUAUACGGGAUGCUCCUCAACCCUUAAUGAGGCAGACCCGUGGUGGAGGCUGGAUCUGCAUGAUGUCUACCGAGUUAAUAAAGUGGUCGUCACUAAUAGAAAAGACUGCUGUGCAGAACAAAUAAAUGGAGCGGAGAUUCGAAUCGGAAACUCUUUGGAGAACAACGGCAUCAACAAUCCCAUAUGUGCUGUUAUUCCUGCUAUUCCAGCAGGUGAGUCCUACAGCUACUCAUGUGAUGGGAUGGAGGGACGUUACGUGAUUAUUCAUAUCUCUGGAGACAUGAAGAUACUCACUCUGUGUGAGGUGAAGGUCUAUGGAGUUUUUCCAGAGAAUGUAGCACUAUGGGGCAAAACUACUCAGUCAUCAACUUACGGAGGAUCUGAUCCUGAAUGGGCUCUUGAUGGAUUGUUGCACACCUGGACCCACACUAACUCUGAAACCAACCCAUGGUGGAGAGUGGAUCUACUGAAAGUGUACAAAGUGAACAGAGUGACCAUCAUUAAUAGACCGAACCUUGGUUAUAGGAUUAACGGAGCGGUGAUUCGUAUCGGGAACUUUCUUGACAUUUACAGCAACAACAUAUGUGGUGUGAUUUCUACUCUUGCAUCUGGUGCCACGGCCACUUUCUCAUGCGGUGGGAUGGAGGGUCGUUAUAUGGUUGUUCAUAUUCCUGGAGAUCAGAAGAUGCUUAGUAUUGUUGAAGCUGGAGUCUACGGGUAUUUGGCAGGAAAUCGGGCAAUAGGAGGAGCCACUAUACAGUCGUCAACAUCCGCAGACUGGGUUGCUGAAAAGGCCGUUGAUGGUAAUCGAGGUCUCCAGCAGUUGUAUACGGGAUGCUCCUCAACCCUUAAUGAGGCAGACCCGUGGUGGAGGCUGGAUCUGCAUGAUGUCUACCGAGUUAAUGAAGUGGUCGUCAGUAAUAGAAAAGACUGCUGUGCAGAACAAAUAAACGGAGCAGAGAUUCGCAUCGGAAACUCUUUGGAGAACAACGGCAUCAACAAUCCCAUAUGUGCUGUUAUUCCUGCUAUUCCAGCAGGUGAGUCCUACAGCUACUCAUGUGAUGGGAUGGAGGGACGUUACGUGAAUCUGAUCAUUCCUGGAGACAUGAAGAUACUCACUCUGUGUGAGGUGAAGGUCUAUGGAGAAGGUCCCUGUUUAAAAAGAUCAUUUGUAAAACUGCUGUUUCGCUCCAGCAAAGAUUUGACCGACUCUACAAUGAGAGAAAACGUUCUGAAACAGGUGAGAAAAAAAAAGUAACAAGUGAUGAGAAAACAAACACUUGUUGCAUUGUUAAAUAUUAUGACCUGAAUUUGUUAAAAACAAAAUCAGCUGUUGUUGUCCUGCAGUGCAGUUGCAUUUGCUAAGAGAGGACUGGUUUAUAUUAUGAUACAAAGGUUCACUGACUGGAGUGCCGAUCACCUAUUGAUUAUUCAGUCAAACUAUUUACAGCAUGAACAAAUUUACAAUAUUCUCUCAUUUUAAAGAGACAUGAUUUUACAAAAGUACUGUUUGGGACAUGACACGAGAAAAGAGGAGAGGAAGAUUUGAAUAUCUUGUCAUAUUCUGAUCUAAUCAGUUUAGUAUGAAUAUUAUUUCCAGUUGGGAUCUGCUCUGGCUGAUAGAGGAAUCACAGACGUGACACUGAGAUGGUCUCAAACCCCUAAACAGGAAGUGAAGCAGAACACUGACAAACGUUAGUGUGUUCUCACAACUGUACAAUA